AUGUCUACCGCUCAGCCUCUAGCUAUCAUUGGUGCCGGCCUUUCUGGCCUCUGCCUGGCUUUGGCACUAAACCAACAAAACAUCCCUUGUGAUAUUUACGAGUCUCGCCCAGCACCACUCGACAUCGGGGGUGCUAUCAUGCUGUCGCCCAACGCACUUCAGAUUCUCGACAAACUAGGCAUUUACAAACGCCUGGAGCCUCGCGGAUACGCCUUUGAGAAGCUCUACUUCCAGAAUGAUAACAAGCUUCUUGACACAUUUGAAUUUGGUUCAAAAGAGAAGUACGGAUACAGCGGCAUGCGAGUCUACCGCUAUGAGUUGAUCCAAAUCAUGCUGGACAUGAUAUCAGAGGCCGGCAUCAAGCCUCACUACGGCAAGAAGUUCGCCCGUAUCAUCAAGGAAGAUGAGGACGGUGUCUCAUGGGAGUUUGAGGACGGGACAACAGGCCAGGCUCCCCUUCUCAUCGGCGCGGAUGGCAUCCAUUCCCGGGUCCGUUCUUACAUCUACCCACAAAUCGCCCCCAUCUUCACCAACAUGGCCGGCAUAUCUGCUGUAGUCCCAACAAAGCAGGCUGACCCAAGCGGUGAAUCCAACUUGCCUGUUACAAUCAUGAACAAGGACCACGGCGCUUUCGUUGCUGCUCCCCAGCGAAAGGAAGGCUCAGAGCUGUUCGUGGGCAAGCAGUUCCGGUAUACCGAAGAACGCGACAGAGACGCAUGGGAACAGCUGCUCAGCGACAAGAACUGGUGCGUGGAGUUCUUGCGCACUGGGCAUGAGGAUUACCCACCUAUCGUAAAAAAUAUUGUUUCUCACAUUGACCCCAACACCAUCAACAUCUGGCGGUUCCACAUCAUCCCCAAGCUGGACUCAUGGGUAUCAAAGGGCGGGCGUGUUCUAAUUCUUGGCGACGCCGCGCAUGCGAUUCCUCCAACGGCCGGCCAGGGUGUCAACCAGGCAUUUGAGGAUGUCUACACCUUCGCGAAGGUUGUAGCCAAGGGUGGAUUGAAGGCGAUCCAGGAAGCACCACAGGUUCUACGAAACUGGCAGGAGAAGCGUCAAUCUCGUAUCGAUGGCGUUUUGCAGCUCAAUGAUGCUAUUAACAAGAGGAGGUUGCCAGCUCAGGAUGGAGAGAGCAUCGUGACGGAACCCUUUGAUCUCCACUGGCUGUAUGGUGUUGAUUUUGACGCUAUGGCCGACGAAAUGGCAGGGAACUAG